GACACGGCCAGAGCACUGAGAGAUAUCAGGUAUUGAUGUUACUGCAGUGAAUAAGGGAACCUUCUUCCUGAGCACAGACAUUGGAGCCUGUUAUCAGCAUGAACUCGUAUGUGUUAGACAAUCACUUAAAUAGUUCAUAUCCAUCCUUCACUACAGGAAGCAUCAGAAUGAUACUGCAAACUCCAAUAGUCUUAGACAUUAAUGAAUAUUAACAAACAUUGGGGAUAUCACAGCAGAUAUUUAAAGAAGAUGGUGAAUUGGCAGGAACUGGGCAGCAAUCAUUAUGUACAGAGAGUAAUUUAGUCAUCAAUCAAGAGGACAACAUUUAUGCCUUAUCUAUUGAAAUGAUUAUCCCAGAGGAUAAACCACACAUAUUUACUGAGUACUCAAAACAUUUAAAAAAAGGGAAAAGUCUACAGUCUGGCCAAAUGAUUCAUACAAAGGAGAAACCUUUCAGAUCUACAGAAUGUGAAAAAAGCUUUAGAUGGAAGUCUCAUCUACUAGAGCACUACAAAAUCCACACACGUGAGAAACCAUACACAUGUACUGAGUGCGGCAAAUGUUUUACACAAAUGGAUUAUCUGAAAAAUUAUGAAAGGAGUCACAGAGGAGAAAAGCCUUUCACAUGUACAGAGUGUAGAAAAAGUUUUACACUAAAGAGUAAUCUGAAAACUCAUGAAAUUAUUCACACAGGAGAAAAACCUUUUAUAUGCACAGAGUGUGGAAAAAGUUUUACAAAAAAGAGUAGUUUGAAAACUCAUGAAAGGAUUCACACAGGAGAAAAGCCUUUCACAUGUACAGAGUGUGGAAAAAGUUUUACAAGAAAGAGUAAUCUGAAAAAUCAUGAAAGGAGUCAUACAGGAGAAAAGCUUUUCACAUGUACAGAGUGUGGAAAAAGUUUUACAAUAAAGAGUAAUCUGAAAACUCAUGAAAGGAUUCACACAGGGGAAAAGCUUUUCACAUGUACAGAGUGUGGAAAAAGUUUUACAGAAAAGAGUAAUCUGAAAACUCAUGAAAGGAUUCACACAGGAGAAAAGCCUUUCACAUGUACAGAGUGUGGAAAAAGUUUUACAAAAGAGAGUAGUCUGAAAACUCAUGAAAUGAUUCACACAGGAGAAAAACCUUUCACAUGUACAGAGUGUGGAAAAAGUUUUACAAAAAAGAGUCAUCUGAAAACUCAUGAAAGGAAUCACACAGGAGAAAAGCCUUUCACAUGUACAGAGUGUGGAAAAAGUUUUACAAAAAAGUGUAAUCUGAAAAAUCAUGAAAGGAUUCAUACAGGAGAAAAGCCUUUCACAUGUACUGAGUGUGGAAAAGGAUUUAUAAACCAGUGUGAUCUAAAAACUCAUGAAAGGAUUCACACGGGAGAAAAGCUUUUCACAUGUACAGAGUGUGGAAAACGUUUUUCACAAAAGAGUAAUCUGAAAACUCAUGAAAGGAUUCACACAGGAGAAAAGCCUUUCACAUGUACAGAGUGUGGGAAAGGAUUUACAAACCAGUGUGAACUAAAAACUCAUGAAAGGAUUCACACAGGAGAAAAGCUUUUCACAUGUACAGAGUGUGGAAAAAGUUUUACAAAAAAGAGUCAUCUGGAAAAUCAUGAAAGGAUUCACACAGGAGAAAAGCCAUUCACAUGUAAUGAGUGUGGAAAAGGAUUUACACAAAUAAGUAGUCUGAAAACUCAUGAAAGGAUUCACACAGGAGAAAAUAUGUUCAUAUGUACAAAGUGUGGAAAAAGUUUUGCACACAUUAAUUCUCUGAAAACUCAUGAAAGGAUUCACACAGGAGAAAAGCCUUUCACAUGUACAGAGUGUGGGAAAUGUUUUACACAAAUAAAUAGUCUGAAAACUCAUGAAAGGAUUCACACAGGAGAAAAGCCUUUCACAUGUACAGAGUGUGGGAAAUGUUUUACACAAAUAAGUAGUCUGAAAACUCAUGAAACGAUUCACAAGGGAAGAAACCGUUAACAUGUUUAGAAAGUAGGGUUGCUAUCUUUUGCACAGCCGAUUAUCUGAUACUUUGCAAAUGGGCGUGUUUGAGGAUGUGGUUAGGGGUGUGGCUUCACACGACCUUAAAGGGACAUUCCAGCCAAAAUUGGAAUCCACGUGAAUGCAUUUAAGUUUUGAGUAGAAGCAUUUUUGUUAUAUACACGUUUUAGAAAAAAAUGCUUCUAAUAAGUUAUAGUUGUUUAAAAAGUGUAUUUAAGUAUGCACCAUGCACCAGCAUUUUAAACACAGCACUUGCUCAGAGAGCCUAAGGUGCUUUUACCAUCUGGUAAUGACUUCAAUUUGUUCAUUGAUGAUAUGAUACAAGACCCACUGGUGCUAUGAGCAGCUGCAGUGUUUAAAAUGCCGGUGCACUGAGAGUAUCUAGCUAUGCUUCACAUGCACUUGCAGAUAAAAAUAUUAUCACUAAAAUAGUGAUAACUUUUACUAGAAACAUUUUUGCCAAUACGUGUUUAUUGCAAAUAUGUUUCUAUCCAAAUAUGUAAUUCAGGGCUCGACAAACCCAAGAGCCUGGGAGCCACUGGCUCCUAGAAUUUUACCCCUGGUUCCUAACUUUUUGGGUUAUUCUCCAUAUAUCUAUAUACAAAUCCAACUGUCUGGCUCUUAAAAAUAUGCCUGGCUCCUAAAUAUUCUUACGGACUCCUAAUUUUUGAACAUAUUUGUCAAGCACUUGAUGUAAUUCAUCUGUGUAUUUAAAUUUUGACCAGAGUGUCCCUUUAAUAAAAUAUAUUUUAUAGGAUUCUCUCAUUUUGAAGGAUGCAUAGUAAUAUAUUUCCACACAGACUACGCGGGGGGGACUGUGAUACGACCCCCCUCCCUGUGCCUGGUUCUUCCCCCCCCUCCCCCCCU